CUCUGGAUGAGACAGACGGACACAUCUCGUUUGGACCAUGAGGAGCAUGAACGUCCAUGUGACUGUGGGUGUCAGAGCACGGGGCCCCUGUGGCUCCAGGAAUAUGCUUGGUGGUGUUGCACCACAAAGAGGUCUUUGUGUGACGGCAGCAGGGACGGUGGCACAUGGAAAGCUGGAGGGGAGAAAAGGAGCUGAGAGUACAGGUGUUGGAAAGAAGGGUAUAGAUGGAGGGGUGCGGCGCUUUGAGGAGAUACCUCACACAGGGAGGAGCGGCUGGGUCAACUUGGUGAAGUUCUGGAGAGAAGAUCGCUUCCGGCAGCUCCACAAGCACAUGGAGAGGACCUUUAAUGCCCUCGGCCCCAUCUACAGGGAGCACUUGGGCACCCACAGCAGUGUGAACAUCAUGUUGCCGUCUGACAUCGCUGAGCUGUUUCGCUCAGAGGGCCUGCACCCCAGACGGAUGACCCUGCAGCCCUGGGCAACACACCGAGAGACACGGCAGCACAGCAAGGGAGUGUUCCUCAAGAACGGUGAGGAGUGGCGAGCUGACCGUCUACUGCUCAACAAAGAGGUGAUGAUGAGUGCGGCUGUGAGGCGCUUUCUCCCCCUGCUUGAUGAGGUUGCGAUGGAUUUCUGUCGAAUGCUGCGGGGGAAGGUGGAGAGGGAGGGGAGGGGCGAGGAGGGGAAACGCAGUCUGACCAUGGAUCCCAGUCCUGACCUCUUCCGCUUCGCACUGGAAGCCAGCUGCCAUGUGAUCUACGGGGAGCGUAUUGGCCUUUUCUCUUCAUCUCCCUCCCUGGAGUCCCAGAAAUUCAUCUGGGCAGUGGAGCGAAUGCUGGCAACAACCCCUCCUCUCCUCUACUUGCCCCCUCGCCUGCUGCUCCGCAUCGGCGCUCCCCUGUGGACCCAGCACGCCAGUGCAUGGGAUCACAUCUUCACCCACGCGGAGGCGAGGAUCCAGAGGGGGUACCAGCGGCUGUUCCAGACUCGAGGGUCAGAGGCUGGAGCAGCUGGAGGCCAGUACACCGGGGUUCUGGGUCAACUCAUGGAGAAAGGGCAGCUAUCUUUGGACCUCAUCAAAGCCAACGUCACUGAGCUGAUGGCUGGAGGGGUCGACACGACAGCGGUGCCCCUGCAGUUUGCUCUGUUUGAGCUGGGCCGGAACCCGGAGGUGCAGGAGAGGGUGAGGCAGCAGGUGAGGGCGUCAUGGGCUCAGGCUGGUGGUGAUCUUCAGAAAGCCCUGCAGGGGGCGCCACUACUGAAAGGCACAAUCAAGGAGACUCUCAGGUUAUAUCCGGUGGGGACCACGGUGCAGCGGUAUCCGAUCAAAGAUAUUGUUCUCCAGAAUUACCACAUACCUGCCGGGACCAUGGUCCAGGCCUGUCUGUAUCCCCUGGGACGGAGUGCAGAUGUGUUUGAGGAUCCACUGCGCUUUGACCCCGGCCGGUGGGGCAGCAGCAGAGAGGAAGGCCGAAAAGGAGAGGGGGCAGGGGCGUUUCGCUCCCUGGCAUUUGGGUUUGGGGCAAGGCAAUGUGUCGGGAGGAGGAUCGCUGAGAACGAGAUGCAGCUCUUACUCAUGCAUAUCCUGCUGAGCUUCCAUCUCAGUGUGUCGUCUUCAGAGGACAUCAAAACCACAUGCACCCUCAUCCUCCAGCCUGAGACUCCGCCAAGGAUCACUUUCAGCCAACUCUGACACACGCACGCACGCACGCACACACACACGCACACACACACACACACACACACACACACACACACACACUGAGGAGACUCAUGCCAUCAACAUUUGACAUGCACACAAUGCAGCCUGUUUUAAUCUCCCAACAUGCCACCCAUAUUUCUGAUGAUCCUCACGGAGGCUUAUACUGAGCUGUUUUUGUAUCCUCCUACACUUUGCAUUCAGCCCAAAUAUUCAUAGUGCUGAUGAAUAAAGUAUAAUUUCCUCA